AUGGGCGAGAAAGCACCCGAGUCUGUCCCGGCGGCUGUCCAGGAUGGGGCUCCAGUCGCGCCUGUCAAGCGUGUUUGGUAUCACAGCACCCUCUUCAAUGCCUUCGUCAUUGGCGGAGUUGGCUUUAUGGCACCUGGUCUUUGGAAUGCGAUGAACGCUCUCGGCGCGGGUGGUGCCCAGGAACCAUUCCUUGUCAACGCCGCGAAUGCGCUUGUGUUCGGACUCAUGGGCUUCCUCUGCUUUUUUGGUGGACCCAUUGCAAACCGCAUAGGACUCUCAUGGACGCUUCUAUUGGGCGCGGUUGGUUAUCCCCUCUAUUCGGCUGGUCUCUACACCAACAAUCGCUUCGGCAACGUGUGGUUCGUCUUAGUUGGAGCAGCCGCUUGUGGUAUCUCUGCAGGUCUGUUUUGGGCGUCUGAAGGUGCUAUUGCACUGGGCUAUCCGGAGCCAUCAAAGCGUGGCAAGUACAUGAACAUCUGGCUCUGGUUCAGAACUGGUGGUCCUCUUGUUGGUGGUGCGAUCGUCUUGGCACUGAACAACAAUGCCGCCGCCAAGACGAAAGGCAAAGUUGGAUCCCAAACCUACCUGGUUUUCAUUGCUUUACAAUGCUUAAGUAUCCCUCUGGCACUUGCACUUUCGCCCCCUGAAAAGGUUCAACGAUCCGAUGGCAGCAAAGUCAUCAUCAAGGCCGAGAAGUCUUUCAAGGCUGAGUUUCAGGCGCUGCUCCGCGUUUCUAAGAGAAAGGAUGUUCUUUUACUGCUGCCAAUUUUCUGGGCUGCGUACUUCAAUCAGUACAGCGGGAACUUUCAGUCGUACUACUUCGGCGUUCGCGCUCGCGCUCUUAUUGGCUUCGUCAGCAAUUUUGGUACUCUUCUCUCGUCGCAGAUUAUUAGCACACUUCUCGACUACAAAAAGUUGAGCGUCAAGAAGCGCAUCAACUUUGGCUUCUACUACGUCAUUGUGUGGCACGUCAUCGCCUGGGUCUACGGAUGGGUCAUACAGGAAAAGUAUACCCGCAAUCCUCCUGCCUACGACUGGGAGGACAAGGGCUUCACCGAGGGCUUCUUUGUUCUUUUGCUUUGGGAUUUUGCUCGUCAGGCACUUCAGAACUGGCUCUACUACCUUUUGGCCACCAAGACAGACAAUAUCUCCGAGCUUGCUCGAUUUUCGGGCAUCUUGCGAGGCCAGGAGAGUUUCUCACAGGCCAUCUCGUUUGGUUUGAACACCAGAAAGUGGAAGGGAGGACGAGUGCCCUUGGCUGUCAACACCAUCCUUCUCGGUCUAGCUGUCUACCCUACAUGGCUUGUUGUGAGAGACCAUGUUCCGAUCGAAGAAGACAAGCUUUCAACUGUUGAGGAGCAGUCACAAACGGGCGAGAUUGCCGAAACAAGAUUGUCCGUUGACGAGAGAAAGGAGUUUGCCAUUGGUCAGACAGGUCUUGGAAGAGAUGCAAAGAUGUGA